AUGGCCGAGAAGCCAUCGGUAUUGAUCAUUGGUGGCCUGGGCUACAUCGGACGCUUCCUCGCCCUCUAUAUCCACCAGAACAACCUGGCCUCGGAGGUGCGCGUUGUCGACAAGGUCUUGCCACAAUUAGCAUGGUUGGCGCCCGAGUUCGAGGAGGCCUGUGCGGGUGACAAGUUCAUGCAAGCGGAUGCGAGUAGAGAGCAGGCGUUAGCUCGGAUAUUCGACCGAACAGACGGCAAGGAAUGGGACUACGUCUUCAACUGCGGCGGCGAGACUCGAUACUCCCAGGAGGAUGAGGUCUACAAGCUGCGUUCGUUAGCGUUGUCGCUAGCGGUUGGCAAAGAGGCCGCCAAGAGAAAGGUGAAGGCCUUCGUGGAGCUCAGUACCGGUAUGGUGUACAAGUCGGACUCGUCGGCAAGUAAAGAGGGAGAUAAGUUGAAGCCGUGGAGCAGGAUUGCAACCUUCAAGCUGCAGGCCGAGGAAGAACUGGCCAAGGUCGCCGGGUUAAAUCUGGUCAUUGUACGCCUUCCCCACGUGUAUGGCCCGUACGCAUCUCAGUGGGUGGCGACGGCGCUGUGCAUGGCCCGCGUGUACAAGUCACAAAACGAGGAGAUGAAAUGGCUGUGGACGAAGGACCUGCGAACUAACACAGUUCAUAUCCACGAUGUGACGCGCGCAUUGUGGUCCAUUGUCUCCUGGUAUGAUGCGGGCAAAGCGAACUGGGACGACGCAUCCAUGGGUAAGGUGCCGACAUUCAAUGUCGUUGAUAAGGGGGUCACGACGCAAGGCGUGAUCGCGGACAUUAUCGGUCAGAUCUUUGAGAUCAAGACUGGGUUCCAGGGUCAACUCAUCAGCACAUUCGCACGGCUCAACAUGGACAGCGUUGUGGACGAUGUAAACGACGAGCUUCUAGGCCCGUGGGCCGAUCUUCUUGCUGACGCGGGCAUCACGAGACCGGGUCCGCUAACUCCGUUUAUGGAAAAAGAGUUGCUGAAAGAUACGGACUUGAGUAUGGAUGGCACACGGCUGGAGAAGGUCGUGGGCUUCCAAUACGAGAAACCAAAGAUCACAAAGGAGCUCAUCGAGGAAGUAAUUGAGAGUUACAAGAAAAUGAAGUGGUGGCCGUGA